AUGGAAAAUCUCAAGGUUUUAGCUAUGAAGAACACAUUUGUACAGCCAAUACUGCCAUCACUUCCACUUUUGAAAAACCUUCAGACACUGUGUCUAGAGCCUUGUAAUCUGAAUUUGGACAUUGGACCUGUCAUUGGAGACCUACGAACACUCAUGACAUUCAGCCUGCGUGGAUCUUACAUCGAACAAUUACCUGACGAAUGCAAAAAUUUGAUUGAUCUAAGGGUGCUGGAUUUGACAGGAUGCAAUAGUCUUAAAGUAAUUUCACCGGGUGUCAUAUCAAAGUUUUUUCUACUAGAAGAACUGUACAUGUGGAAUAACUUUGGGCAAUGGGUGGUAGGGGAUCAAACCCCUAUUGUACUAGACCAACCAUGCAUGGAUCGGGUGGAAGCCCAGUUAGAACAAGAACAAAUAGACACAUUGGAGGAAGAAUUUCUGGGGUCACGAGAAGAGCACACGAGGUUCGUUGACUGGAAGAUUGAGGAAUAUCAUGAUGAGGAAGCAGAAACUUAUGCAGCUAUUACAGAUUUACUUUUCUUGCUUCACUUGACUACUUUGGAGAUCCUUUAA